AUGAGCCGCAGCGAACAGCGCUUCAACCUGCAGAGCGCCCUCUUUGCCCUGCGCAACCCUGAGCACCUGCCACCAGCAACGGCACGCCCCGCCCCUCUCGAGAGGGCCAACUCGAAGCCUCUUUGUGUGGAAAACAAGGAGGAGGCUGCAGAAUGUGCUAAACUUUUGGCCAAGAGAAUGAAGGAAAUCAAAGAAAAACACCAGGAACAGAUUGCCAAGAGACGUGGGCUGUCCUCGCCGACAGCUUCUAUUUCUGAGUCCAGCCAAACUAUUAAAGCUAUAUCACAUACCACAUACCACAUACCACAUACCACAGUUGUAACAACAAAGAAGAAUGCCCAAGCCUCAAGAGAGGAAUCAUAUACAGAGAAUUUUAUUAAAAAGCAGAUUGAAGACUUCAACAUAGGGAAAAGACACUUAGCCAAUGUUACGGGAGAAGACCCGGAAACUUUUACCAAAGAGGAUAUUGGCAGAGCUAAUGCUUACCUUUUUCCAAGUGGUUUGUUUGAGAAGCAAGCCAGGCCAAUAAUGAAGCAUCCUGAACAAAUUUUUCCAAGACAAAGAGCAAUCCAGUGGGGAGAAGAUGGCCGUUCAUUUAAUUUUCUCUUCUACACUGUUGAACAAUCAUACUAUUCAUUAAUGCAUGAAGUGUAUGGAAAGGUCCUCCAGCUGGAAACGCACAGAGGUCCACUUUCAGAGAAAACGGAGUCCAGAGACCUGAUUGGCAGCAGAUGGCUGAUUAAGGAGGAACUAGAAGAAAUGUUAGUGGGAAAACUAUACAAAAUACCUAUGUCAGAUCAAGAUUAUGUGCAGUUCAUUCGACUGCUGGAAAAGUUAUUGACAUUGCCAUAUGGUCCUGUCGAGGAAGAAUUUGUACAGAGGUUCCGCAAAAGUCUAGCCGUCCAAUCAAAGAAGCAGGUGAUCGAGCCGUGCAGCACGGAGCGAGGCAUGGCCUUCAGCGCCAGCGAAGGCAGGAGGAAGAGCGCCACAGCACAGGCGACUGUUUCCGAGCACGGAAGUGGGAAGAUCCACGUGAACGGAGUUGAUUAUCUGCUUCACUUUCCUGUCACACAGGACAGAGAACAGCUCAUGUUCCCUUUCCACUUCCUGGACCGGCUGGAGAAACACAAUGCAACCUGCACAGUCUCCGGGGGUGGAUCAGCGCACGCGGGAGCCAUACGCUUGGCAAUGGCCAGCGCUUUGUGCGGCUUCGUCACCGAGGACGAGAUAGAGUGGAUGAGACGAGCUGGACUGCUUACUCCUGACCCGUGGAUCAGAGAAUGGAAGAAGCCAGGCCAGGAGGGUGCCCGAAGGAAGUUCACCUGGAAGAAGCGCUAAGACUUUCACAGGCGAGCAAGGAGCACCUGUGUCUUUAUGCCCGGUUCAUGGUAGAGCACAUUCGUGUACACUGGCCAAGGGCAGGCAGCACAUUUAGACAUUGUUUUUAG